AUGCUCGACGUAUUCACUAAUCUAGGGGAUUAUCAACCUGUUCAAUCAGUACCCUACGAUCCAAGCCCAUCCAUAGAGUGCCUCCACGAGCAGGUCUGCCAGUAUCAGAUCCAGUCGCCUGCCCACUUUGUGCUCGGUCUCGCAGUACAACAGGCCAGCAGCCCGUAUGGUAAGACCAUAGACAGAGGUCUUAAAGGCAUAUAUCUCACCACGUCUCUUGGUGUUUUAAUGCACGGUAAUAGCAUUGAAGGUCGCAUCACUGUGCCAGUGCAAUGCCAACUUCGGAGAACCGGGCGCCGCUCGAGGGAAAUGAGGUGGGAUUACCUCUUAGUCUCUCAUCGUGGCACUGCCGAGGCCCUCGACACCUUCCUAGCUUCGACAUUCCCCGCCAUCGAUGGCCCCCUCAAGUCCGACAUCCUAUGGAACUGGUGGUUGAGCAACAGCAAGUCCUUCAAUUGGACCGCGCUCCCUAUCGAGCUGAAGCAGCGAGUAAUCGAGCAAUGCAUGCAUCAACCUCUCACAUAUGGCGUCUACGCCGAGCGUCUCGCCCGCUUCAACUGGCGCUACAAACCCGACCACAAGAUCCGCAAACCUGGUCCGUUCGAAGUCGUCGACCAACUAGGCGACUGGUUCCCGCUCCCGUACGUCUCCCACCAAAUCCGCGCGAUAACAAUACGUCUCUGCAUCAUUGGCGGCAGCAGUCUCAUGCACCCAGAAGGACUGUGCAUAACCGCCUCAUGCUACAAAGGCCUCUGCGACCGUAUCGAUCGCCUGGGAGACUAUUACCAGAUGACCUCUUCCUCCAGCAUCCCGAUAUCUCCCGCUCAAGAGAUGCUAUCCAAGUGCUACGAGCACUUCCCGAAAAUAUACCCGCAGCUUUCUCAGUACGCAACGCUGCGCCAUGGCAUACAGAAGAUCAGCCUCGGCAUGGAUUUUUUGUCGUAUAUGCACUUCUUCAAAGUGACAGUCGGGGGGCUCCAGCAGUACCGCAAGGCGAAGGCUUUGACUUACGAAGUCUUCGGGCGCCUGCCAUGUCUGAACGAGAUUGUGAUCAGGCUGCCGCUUCGACCAUAUGGAGGUUGGCGAGACAAGCCGGGACAGGCAGGACCGCAAUUGUGGCACGAGGACUCGCCUUGUCCGGGGUUUGUUCACCGGGUCAUCUACGAGCGCAUUACAGAAGUUCUGGCUGGAUAUAACGUCACGGUGCAGAACUUCAUCGAUUACGCUGAGAUGAAGCGGUACGAAGCAGCUCGUCUGAACGCACAGAAGGCUCUCAAGCUCACAAAGACUGAGCUUGAAGAGCUGUACGCCGAUGGCAGUGGAGGCGUUGAGCUGGCAAUAUCGGAGAGGGAGCCGUCAAUUGAGUUGGAAAAGGCAAGGCGAAGGGUCGAGGAGGCGGGCGCUAAGGAAGUCCAGGUCGAGUUCUUCUCUCCAACCUGUCACUGUGAUGAGCCAUGUAUUUUGGCAAGAGUUUUGACAGCAAGGAAGGAUAACAGUUAA